CACGGCGAAAUCAAAGUUGUUGUAAGAGCGCGUGUGUGCAUGCGUGUGUGUGCGCGCGAGAGAGGAGGAAAACUGGCCGGUGGAUGAGAGAGGAGCGAGCCAGCGGGGAUAAGUGGACUGCUGGAUGUUUUCUCCUACCGAAUCCGAGCGUCAAAACAGACAACAAACAAGCACCCUUUCGACGGAAUACCGCACUUAACAAGCUAAUCGUCAGAUGGACGCUGCCGGUGGAAGAUGACUUGACACUUGAAAGUAGCUCUACCUGUUCGGACGAGACACCGUAGCGAUGUUUAAACCUCAGUGUGCAUAGCUAUCUCAGUUCCUCUGCCACUGUGGGCUUAACAGUUUUGCCGUUAAGGGAGCCUUUUUUUUUGUCCUGAGCUAAGAUGACCGAAAUCAGCGAAAAGGAAAAUGAACCACAAAACCGAGACCUUCAUCGACCCCAGACUACCAUGCCCAGCCAGCCGGAAACGAAGUUGCAGCGGCUGAAGCGCUCCCUGUCUUUCAAAUCCGUCAUGCGCAGCAAGAGCAUGGACAACUUUUUCCAGCGCAGCAAUGGCGAAUCACGCCCUCCCUCAGCCCUCAUCACCACACCUCCACCCCCGCCAUCUCCUCCCCCCCUCUCUGAAUCCCCCCUGGCUUAUGAGCGCUCUCCCUCUCAUUCCCCAUCCGUCAGUCCCAACCCUUCGUCGUCAUCACACUCACCUUCUGUCAGUCCCUCCCUGUCUGUGAGCUCAAAAUCCCAGCCAAAGUCUCAGGCCCAGCCGGUGCAACCGCUGAAGACCCACUGUUUUCAGGAGCACGUCUUCCGUAGGCCUACCAGCUGCCAGCGAUGCAAACACAUGAUCCAAGGGAACUCCAAGCAGGGGCUGCGCUGUAAAGCCUGUAAGCUUGCAGCCCACCUCUGGUGCUCAUCAGAGCUCUCACAGCAGCCCUGCAAUGGCAAGAGAGGAGCUUUCAAGAGGAACUUCAGCUCUCCUCUGCUAACCAAUGAUGCGUUGGGUGUGGUCAGAGAGGCUCCUGCUGCCCAGGAGGCAGAUAAUGGCAUUGUUGACCCUGUGUAUGAGGCACUGCGCUAUGGGACAUCGCUGGCUCAGAUGAGUCGCUCCAGCUUCAGCAGUAUAUCAGAGUCUCCGUGUCAUGAGGCAGAAAAAUUACAAGAGAAGCUAGAAAACCAGCCAAUAGCUGAAGAGGAGCACAUCCCAGGAAUGCUCACCCCCCCUGAAAGCGAGAAGGCUGAUUCGGAAGACAGGGUCAGCCUGAAGACACCGAAGAGAGUUGAGGUUCACUCCAUCCACACCUAUGUGGCUCUCUACAAGUUUCUGCCUCAGGAGAACAACGACUUGGAGCUACAGCCUGGCGACAGAGUUCAAGUCACAGAUGACUCCAAUGAGGACUGGUGGAAGGGGAAAAGCAGAGACAAGGUGGGACUGUUCCCGGCCAACUUUGUGCAGCGGGUCCGUCCUGGUGAGCGUGUGUGGAAGGUCACCGCUGGUUUCCACGGCAACCGAGACAAAGGCCAGAUGAGUGUGAAAGAGGCCCAGAUUUGCGUGGGGAAGAACGAGGAGAUUGACGGUUUCCUCCGGCUGAGCAGCGGUAAGAAGAGAGGCUUGGUCCCUGUGAAGUAUCUCCUAGAAAUAUGAUGACGGCAUGCUUCUCCUUCACCUUCAGUUUGACAAAGAAUUUCACUAUGACGGAGAAAUACUCAGGAGUGUUUAGCCAACACCUCACUGACCACCAAACACCCACCCACUCCCCCUUCCGUGAAGUGGCAGUGCAUUAGCAGGUCAAGUGGACAACGACCCACAUUUUCGCUUUUUACUGGGGGGGCUUCUUGAGAGUUCUGUAGAGCUACUUUUCUUGUAGCACAACUCUGCUUGGUGUGGUUUUAUACACACUCAAAACAGAAAUGUAGCAUCACGUUGAAGAGGGCAGGAAGCCUGGCUACCUCACUAGCCAUUUCCCUCGGCCACCCGUCUACAAAAAAUGGGAGGGACUACCUUACUAUGAUGUCAAGGCGUGUCCAAGGCUAAGGGACUUUGUGAGCAAGCUGUCUUCAUUUCAUUGUUUGUGUUAGAGAAAAGUGAGAUUGUGAAAGAUUGUAGCUGUUUGUUGUAGUGGCUUGUGCAAACACAUUUUGGUUGGUUGUUUGAAACUCUCAACCCGAUUCGGUUUUGUAGACGAUGCACUUUUGUUUGUGCAGACUGCAGCUCAAAGUGUGCACAUGUCUGCUGUCGUAAUAUGAAUUCAUGAUGUGCAUACGUGUCACAAAAUGAUUCAGGUAUUACAUUGUAUGUAUGUAAAAACAAAAAAAGAAUCUUGGUCAAAUGAAAGUCAUAAAACACACACACACACACACACACACUCUGGGAUUUCUGCAUUUCAGCUCUCCGGUGAUUAGAUUAUGGCACAUUUGUGCUCUUCACAGCUCCGAUGUGGCAAAUGCUUUGCGUGCACCUCGGGGAGCUUCUUACUCUGUAUGCCCUUCAAUCACACUCUUUACACACACACUAACACACACACAGACUUUGAUGCUUCACUCGCAAGAUCAACCAUUAGAAUCUGCUUCCUGUCGUAUCCUCAGCGUUGUUUAUCUGUAUGUUAUAUCCUGUAAUAUUUGCUGUCAUAUCUGGUUGUCUGUACUACAACAUGAGGGUGGUGUGCUGUCUUGACUUUCUGAUGCUUUUUCUCGCAUGGAGGAACAAAGCAAAGACAUAGGCUGUUGUAAUUCAGGGUGAUGAAUUAAAAAGCCAAACUGUUAUUUGUCAAAAAAAACAAAAAAAAGAAAGAAAAGGUUAUGAUGGGUGUCAAAUGUGUCUGUCAAAGGGUCAUGUUCCAAACAUCUGCUGUCAAAAAUGUGAUGAAUUUUUGAUGAACUGCUAAUGUUUCUCCCAGCACACUUGAUUACUUUUAAGUGACUCUGAGGGACUGUCAUUGCUGCCGUUAUUUAAGGGGCGACGAGGCAAAAUCUCAAUUUGAUUUAUUGCUCUGUCAUUGUUUAACAUAAGGCAGUGACAAAACUGCCUUUGUUUUGGCAAUAACUGUAAAUAAAAAUAUGACAGUAGUUGUAAAUAGCCUUAUAAAGAUACUGUAUAUAUUGGCUCUGAUCAACACUCUGACCAAGAGGUUGGCAGAUAUCCAGGAGCCAACUAAGGGCAUUAACUUCACAGUUAUAAAUCACAUGAGGUUAUUGUUUAUUGUCCUGCUUACCAAUGUACUCAUCCUUUUGCUCAAUUAACACCUAGCCCUGUCAGCACAAAUCGUUUCAAAUACUAUGCACAACAGUUCUAGUCACUCACUUUACUUUGUACUCAGCUUAUUUCCAGCGUAAUCAAAUGUGUGUCAUGUGUAUAGCCUACCUGUGCUUUGAAUUUGUGUGGGAGGGGGGGAGGUAUCACAGCUCUGCACCACGCGAAUCCCAAACAUUACCUUCACUGACUAGAACCAAGAUUGGCUCAGGAUCAGUAUUACCCAGGUGAAAUCCGUUCCUCACCUCAGUGCACACUACCAGGCUAGUUCUUUGCAUGGCUAGCUGCCCUUUUAUGCUCACAUCUCUCAAUAAAGUCAGAUGAAC